AUGUUGAGAAGUGUCAUCAUUAUAACAGGCAAUGGUACAUUAUUGUUUGAGAAGAUAUGGGUGGCUAUCCCUGCAAUGGCUGGAAAGGCCAACAUGUUCUCAUCACUGUUGACAACAGUGCAAGAGUUCUCAAAGCAGAGCACUGGCAUGUUUGUAUCUUAUAUCGAGUUUGGACAAUCAUCGAUCACAGUUGUAUAUGAUGAGAAGAGUCUGGUCAAGUGUUGUUUGUUCCAUGAUAAUGGUGAUGGACCAGAGUUUGGCAAGUUGAUAGCGAAUCAGCUGCUCAGAGGAUUCCUCGAGAUGUACGGCGACACAGACUUCUCGCACUCACUUCACAACACCUCAAAGUUCAAUGCUUUCUCCAACAAGAUCUAUGACUCCAUUGCCAACUCUCCACGUUCAAUAUUACAGCAAUUGAGAGCAAACAGAGGUAUACAGAAUGCGAUCGUAGUAUAUAGUGAUGGUACAGCCGUCACAACCAACACAGAGGAUCAAUUGGGUGUCAUUGCCAACCUCCAAGCCAUGCUAUCCUUCUCCAAUGAUAUUCUGCUGUCCAAAGGUGACAGGACCAGAGAGAUUAUAUUGGACAUGGUCACUCAACGAGUGUUCAUUUCAAAGGUUGGUCCAGCCAACCUAGUAUGUAUUUGUAAAAAGAAUAAGGAUCCAUCGAUAUACCAACCAGACAUCUAUAACGCUGUAACACUAUUGGAUAAAGUUUUUCUCUUGUUGUCCUAUCUGCAAGGA